UGACCAGCAGAGCGGAAAGGCUGGUGAGCAGUUAGAGCUACAGCUGCUGUUGUUUUAGACUUUAACAGAGUAGAUUCUGUGCUUUUAAGAUCUAUCGACCUCUUUGAAGCUCCAUGGCGGCGGCAGGACGCCGGAACUCUUCCGAGGAACAAGCAGGCCUGUUCUCCUCAGGGACCCACUAUGGCUCCACAGAAAGCAGCAGCAGAACGCACGAUCACCUGGCAAACAGCAACCACAGCGACCACAGCAAGCACAGCUUCCCCCCGUCGGCCGCCGCCCGCUGGGUCGGCGCCGAUCGGGAGGAGGAGGCCAUCCGCAGGAAGCUCAAGUACUUCUUCAUGAGUCCGUGUGAUAAAUAUCACGCCAAAGGACGCAAACCCUACAAGCUGAUCCUGCAGCUGCUGAAGAUCAUCAUCGUCACGGCUCAGUUAGCCGUGUUUGGCAUUAGCAACCAGGUGGCCGUCACCUUCAAGGAGGAAAACACCAUGACGUUCAAGCAUCUCUUUCUGAAAGACUACGAUCCGUCAUCAGAUGACUCCAUUGCUGUUUACACCCAGCAGGACGUCUACGACCACAUGUUCUACACCCUGGAGAAGUACCUCAGCUUACCAGAGACCACAGUGGGGCGCUACGCGUACGUCUACAACGUGAGCGGAAACGGCAGCGCCCUCUCCCUCUGCCAGCAGUACUACAAGAAGGGACAGAUCGAUCCGGCUAAUGAUACCUUCAACAUAGACCCUCAGAUUGUUACAGACUGCGUCGGCGUGAAUCCGCUCUCUGUCCCGCAGACUCAGCUCACCAACAGCUACAAGAACUUCACACUCAAGUUCCACAAGUUGAUCAACGUCACCAUCCAGUUCCAACUGAAGGCCAUCAAUAUACAGACCAUCAUCAACAACGAGAUCCCAGACUGCUACACCUUCCACAUCACAAUAGUGAUGGACAACAAGGCUCACAGCGGAAAGGUGAAGAUCUGGUUAGAAAACCGGGCGGUGAUCAGAGAAUGUAAAGAUCCCAGCGUCUCUGGACACGCUGAGAACUUCACACGCGUUGCCUUCGACGUGGCCGUCUCUCUGGUCUGCCUGCUGUCUCUGCUCCUGUGCGGACGCUCCGUGCUGCGCGGCAUCGUGCUGCAGCAGGAGUUUGUGCAGUACUUCAGGGAGACUCUGGACCGUAAGGUGUGCUGGGCGGACCGGCUGGAGUUUAUCAACGGCUGGUAUAUCCUCCUCAUCAUCAGCGACAUCUUCACCAUCACCGGCAGCGUCAUCAAAAUCGGCAUCGAAUCAAAGAUGUUCUCAUCCUACGACAUCUGCGGCAUCCUGCUGGGAACCUCCACUCUGCUGGUGUGGGUGGGAGUCAUUCGCUACCUCACCUUUUUCCAGAAGUACAACAUUCUCAUCAUCACCCUCCGAGCGGCGUUCCCCAACGUGAUCCGCUUCUGCUGCUGCGUGGCCGUCAUCUACCUGGGCUACUGCUUCUGCGGCUGGAUCGUACUCGGACCGUAUCACGUAAAGUUUCGCUCGCUGUCGAUGGUGUCGGAGUGCCUGUUCUCCCUCAUCAACGGCGACGACAUGUUUGUGACGUUCUCAGAGAUGCAGGAGAGCAGCACCCUGGUGUGGGUGUUCAGCCAGCUCUACCUCUACACCUUCAUCUCCCUGUUCAUCUACAUGGUGCUGUCUCUGUUCAUCGCCCUCAUCACAGGCGCCUAUGAGACCAUCAAGCACCAAACCCAGGAAGCGAUCCACAUCACCGACCUGCACGCCUUUAUAGCCGAGUGUACGGACGCCCCGACCUCCGGGAAGUUCAGGGGGGUGGAGACGUCUCCCUGCUCCUUCUUCUGCUGCUGUGACAGGUCAGCUGGGUUCAUUUCCAGGAGGAACAUAAGCAGAGGAGCGCCGCUCUGCAUCAAACACGCCUCGCCAUCACUGAUGUUCAUGUGGAGGGCCGGGGGGGGGUAA